GUUCCGAGUUUUCGCCCGAUUCUUUAACCACAAGCACCCAAAUGUUUUCUGAUCUUCGUAACCACAUACGGUUUUAGCGUUUGGACCGGCCUCCUCACAACCUACAAACCUAUGCCAUGAAAGUGUGUGUGCGCGAGAGCUUCUUUUGUUACAAGAUUCCAUGGCUGUUCCAUCUUCCAUUCAUUGUUGGUUGGAAUCGGUGAUCUCGGAAAUUUUAGGAUACCGUGGUUUUCCCCUCACAAAAGAUGAUGGAAUUCACGGUCUCAUCGGAAGAGAUUUAUGUAGAAGUAUGGGUGCUUGCAUUUUUGAAGCUUCCAGCACAAUUUCGACAUUUCAUUCUUCCAUGUAUACCAGGGAUUACAUUCAAGAUGACGUUGUGGUCGUCAUCAAAAAGAUCUCCAACAUGCAUUUUGACCAGGAUUUAGAGGAAGGGGCUCUUAAAAUAUUAUUUUUCAUUAGCAAGAGCAUGAAGGCCCCAAAACGGAUUAUUCAAAUCUGGUUCCCCGAGGAUGUACACCCACCGAAGUGGGCCAUCGAAAGAAUCGAAAAGCAUGCAACAAAGAAGGGGUUUGAGAGCUUCAUACCUGCGCAAGACUCAAGUUUAAGGUAUGCCCCUUACAGGGGUAAACGCCUUUAUUUUAGAAGAACGCUUAAUAAAGAUGAUGAAGAAGAUGACGCUAAAGCUAAAGCAACAAAGAAGGGGUUUGAGAGCUUCAUACCUGCGCAAGACUCAAGUUUAAGGUAUGCCCCUUACAGGGGUAAACGCCUUUAUUUUAGAAGAACGCUUAAUAAAGAUGAUGAAGAAGAUGACGCUAAAGCUAAAGCAACAAAGAAGGGGUUUGAGAGCUUCAUACCUGCGCAAGACUCAAGUUUAAGGUAUGUCCCUUACAGGGGUAAACGCCUUUAUUUUAGAAGAACGCUUAAUAAAGAUGAUGAAGAAGAUGACGCUAAAGCUAAAGCUAAAGCUAAAGCUACUGAAUAUGAAGUGCGUGAUGAUGAUGAAGAAGAUGACGCUACUAAUGGUGCGUGAGUUGAGUGUGAUGCUUGAUUUCUGUAUGGAUGUAUGGAUCGAAUGUGUUUCAGUGUAACUUUUUUACUUUGUACUAUUUUCAUGUUCAAUGAAAGUGUGUCAAGUUAGAUAUAAUUAAAAAAACAUAUUUUAGAAGCAUCAAUUCAUUUUUUGCCUCU